UGUAUAAGUUGGAUGGAUGGAUGGAUGGAAGCUAUAUAAGAUGGAUGGAUGGAAGGUGUGAUGGAUGGAUGGAUGGAUGGAGGGAAGCUGUAUAAGAUGGAUAGAUGGAAGCUGUAUAAGAUGGAUGGAUGGAUGGAUGGAUGGAAGGUGUGAUGGAUGGAUGGAGGGAAGCUGUAUAAGAUGGAUAGAUGGAAGGUGUAUAAGAUGGAUGGGUGAAGGGAAGCUGUAUAUUUUGGAUAAAUAAAUGGAAUCAGGGGAUGGAUGAAAGGACCAGUAUGUAUCAGUUAAAUAGUUAGAUAAAUGUAUAGUAACUGAAAGCUGAACGAAUUAUAAACCUGAUAAAUUUGUCAUCUGUGUGACAGUUCGAGACUCUCUCUCUCUCUCUCGCUCUCCUUUAAACGUUGACAUUAUUUUGCACAGCUGUUCGCAUGCUCUGUGAUAUAAAGUGUCGAGAACAUGAAGCUAAUGUUGCUGAAUUCAUUUCAGGUCACGGAUGAGAACCUAUAAGAGUACAGAAGCAAGUUUCUUCUCUUCGAAUGAACGGUGAAAUAUCGGUGUGUUUUGAAACCAACGCUGAGAGGAGCUCUACAUUUUGUAUGGCGGAAAGCGAGAGAAGUGCACGUGCGCAUGCGCAGACUGCUCUUUCCUUCAUCCGGGUAUCUUACAGUCCGCUGUGUGGCUAAGGAGGCGGGAAAUGGCGACUAGUGGUGCAGUGAAUAAAACCUAAUUUAAUAACAGCAAAACACAGGAAACCGGCUAUAAAUUUAAAAAACCCGGGGACUAGGAUUGUCUCUGCGCCCGUCAUCAAGACCCAGACAUCAUCCAGGGGCUGGUUUACGGGCUUUAACAUCUUAGAUGUGACCGUAAAACAACAUGAAGCUGAGAAUGCGUGAGGCGUCUCAGCUGCCGAACCCGUCUCGCGUCCGUCGGCGAGCCCGGAAACCCAAACGCAGACGCUCGCUCGGAGGAAAGAGCCUUCUGAAGAACGUCAUCCGUCACGACGCGGUGAAGGUGGAGCAGAAGAAACAAGGAGGAGCCAAGAGGAAUCGCCUGACCUGUGACCUCAUCGCCUCGUCCCCUCAAAGCGCCGACGACCGUAGGAAAAGCGUCGGACGCAGGCGCCGCUCCGUCAGCCAGGGUGAGGCGCCGCGUGAAGUCAAGCUCGAAACCAGGAACCGUGACGCUCUUAAACAGACCAAGAGCAGCGUGAAGCUGGAGGCUGGAGAUGCUUUGGACAGUCCGCCACGAACCACCAUGCUGGGAACCGUCUUCUCUCCGGUCUUCAACUACUUCUCCCCGGCCAACCGAGCAGGUUUGGACCUGCCGGGUCAGGCCAUGGAGGCGGAGGAGAUCAUAAAGCAGCUGGACAUGGAGCAGGUGGAGGAGAUGCCGAUGGGCACUGCCACAUCAUCACCGGGGCAGUGUGCCCCGCCCCACCCCACCGCCAUGUCCCCCUACCACAGCCACGCCGAGAGAGGCGAGGAAGACGAGGAAGAGGAUGUGGUCACUCGUGUUGAUCUGCCUCCUGUCACAGUUGCAGGAUAUCCUUCAGUCAGUGGUUAUGUGGAGGUUCCCGCCUACGUCCCCGACCCGUCAUGUGAGGAGGACUGGGAGGUGUUUGACCCGUAUUUCUUCAUCAAGCACGUACCUCCACUAACCGAGGAGCAGCUAACUCGUAAACCCGCACUGCCCUUGAAGACACGCAGCACGCCCGAGUUCUCCCUCGUCAUAGACCUGGACGAAACUUUAGUCCAUUGCAGUCUGAACGAGCUGGAAGACGCCGCACUGACAUUUCCUGUCCUUUUCCAGGAUGUUAUUUACCAGGUUUAUGUACGGUUGAGGCCGUUCUUUAGAGAAUUUCUCCAGCGGAUGUCUCAGAUUUACGAGAUCAUUCUUUUCACCGCUUCGAAGAAAGUUUACGCAGAUAAGCUGCUGAACAUUCUCGAUCCGAAGAAGCAGUUAGUUCGGCACAGGUUAUUUCGCGAGCAUUGUGUCUGUGUCCAGGGGAACUACAUCAAAGAUCUGAAUAUCCUCGGGAGAGAUCUCUCAAAGACCAUUAUUAUCGACAACUCGCCGCAAGCGUUCGCGUAUCAGCUGUCUAACGGGAUCCCGAUUGAGAGCUGGUUCGUGGACAAGAACGACAGCGAACUUCUCAAGCUGGUGCCUUUUCUAGAAAAGCUGGUGGAGUUGAACGAGGACGUGCGCCCACACGUACGUGAACGCUUUCGUCUGCACGACCUGCUGCCUCCCGACUGAAGCGCGAGUCUCGGGACGUCUGCAGCCGGACACGAGAAAUAAAGACUGACGAGGACGACGCGAAACCAGCCUUUCUGUUUUUAAAAAAAAAAAAAAAAGGUUGCGCUUUUUUCUUUUUCUUUUUUUUUUAUUUCCUUCCUGCUGUUACAGUUCUGAUAGGAGGGAAAAAGAAAGAAGAUUGAGUAGGAUUUAUAAACUCUGGUGGUGUAUAGACGUGUACAUGAGGCGGUCCUUUCUCCGAGUCUCAGCACUUGGACUGUUUUUGUUUAGUUUUGUUCUGCAUGUGCUCGGUCUGUCUUUUCCGUCGCUUCAUCCACUGAAGUGAACGUGCACAAUGUUCAGAAGUGAAGAUCCCGUUUUUAUCCUCUUCUUUUUUUUUUUUUAUUCGUCCGGUUUUAUUAAGAGAAGAAAAAAGCGAUUUACUUUUGAUUUUAUUCUUCAGUUAUUCAUCUUUAAAGCAUGUUAUUCAGUCUCUAUGUAUUAUUCAGUACUUCUAGUGCAACAGAUAGGAAACGUGUGUAGUUAGGAAUGUAAGUCUGGACCAGCCAAACGUUUAAGGGGGGGUUUAAAUAAUGCACUCGCCGGCCACUUUAAUAGGAACACCUGUACCUAUACAGUCUAUACAGUAUACUAGUGUAUAUGAAGUGUCAGAUUCAUGUUCUUGGCUGACUCGAUGCGGUCUUCUUGUGUUGUAACCCAUCCGCCAUGAGGUUCGACCUGUUCUGAGAUGCUUUUCCACUCACCACGGUUGUAAUGAGUGGUUGAGUUAUGGAAGCCUUCCUGCCAGCUCAAACCGGUCUAGAUCUGGACGUGUUUCUCUCGUCAACCGGGCUUUCCGUCCACAGAACUGCUGCUCGUUGGAAGUUUCUUGGUUUUUUUGCACCAUUCUGUGUAGAGACUGUUUUGUGUGUGUGUGUGUGUGUGUGUGUGUGUGUGUGUGUGUGAGAGAAAAUCCCAGAAGAUCAGCCAUUUCUGAAAUACUCAAACUCGCCCAUCAGGUACAAACCCUGAUGUUUGAUUGCACGAAGGAGCAGCUGUACAAGUGUUCCUAUUAAAGUUGCCAAUGACGAUGAAAUAUUUAGCUCCGUUUUCAUGGAGGAGGUUACGAGAUGUUUUAUACGAGUAUUCGGACAUCUGCACCUUCAACACGUCUUUUUUUAAGUUCGGAUUUCAGAGAACUCCACCUGAAGUUCCUUUUUAUUAUUAUUAUUAUUAUUUUUUAGGUUUUUAUCAAGUUUUUAUUAUACUUUUUUUGUUUUUAAUAUAUAUUAGAUAUAUCUAUUUUUUUAAAAUCAGUGUUUAUGGUCCGUUAUGGUUUAGUAUUCAUUUGUAAAUAAGUGUUUUAAUGGAAUAGAGCUAAAGUAGCAUGACGGUUCAUUUUUUAACAAUUUUUUUUUUUUUUUUUUU